AUGAAAAAUUCAAUUCCUUCAGACGUUUGGGAGAAGAAGAGGGCAUUGAUUGCCAAGCUCUAUAAGGAUGAAGAAUGGCCACUCAAGCAGGUCAUCAAGCAGAUUCGUUCGGAGGACUUCAAUCCUAGCGAAACCCAGUUGCGAAGCAGGUUGAAGAAAUGGCGGGUGACCAAACCCUCUCGUCAGACUCGCAAGAAGUCGCACGAUGGUCAGCAGGAAGCUACGGGGGAGGAAAGUGACCUGGAUGAUGCUUCGACCAAGGACCGCACCUCGACUGCCUCUCCCAUCACACAAAGAUCUUCGCAGCCGGCUGCGAAGAACCCUUCGACAUCAAAGGUGGACUGGCACGUGGUGUCUCUCGAGGAGCAAGAUUUCUCCAGUUCUUGGAUUCCAGGUAACCCUCACCACCGGGAUCUCUCCAACAGUCCCUCCAUCAUGAACCAAUUUCCCAAUGUGGUUCCUAGCACCAGUUCCUACGACCCCUCGCAACCUUCUACUCCCGUGGAUGGCGUUUUGCUCAAUCCGUCUGUCACUAUGGCUCCGCCUUACUCCAGUCCGACCUACACAAUGGCACCCGAUGUGUGCUUGCCAGCAUCCUCUGCGCCAACAACCUCUCUUGCAUCGGUACCAUGGUCCGUUCCUCCGUGGUUCUCAAUUCCUAUCGAUCCCAUGUCUUCUCAGCAUCACUCGGUUCCUUUCUACACUGCUGCACCAUCCGUCGGCUCUUCGGUAGCUGGCUCUCCGGACCCGUCUGGUCGUAUCUACUCGCCUCAGCCCAUGCAAUAUCAUGGGAUGUUGCCGCAUGGUGGCAUGCCGGAAUUCAUGGGAGAUUCGAAACAAUGGCGGCGUGCCAUGUCCCUUCAAUGCAAUAGCCCAGGGGUUAUGGCCGGUGGCAUCAACACUGGUGCACGAGACGAUGCACGAAAAUAUAUGGAGAGGAAGGCGUCUAUGCCAGCAAAGACAUCUUCGCAAGCCUACGACAUGGGCAAUCCGUCGUCGCAAUUCUUUCUUGGUGGGCAGCAUCCGAUGAUGUGCGCACCUCUCUACCCAUAUCCGGAUCAUGAGUCUCUUGUGCACAAGCCCCCAGGCAUUGGAUUUUAA